AUGGCUCGCCUCGCUGCUGUGUGCCUUCUGGCGGCAGCCGCCUGCUGCCUCCUCCGCUCCCUGGCAUUCGUGCCUGCGCCCGCCACGCGCAGUGAUGCCCUGACCACAGCCACCGGAGCAGCAGUGAUUGCCACCAUUCCGGCCGGGGCGGAUGCCUUCGUCUACAAGGGCAAGGAGUACUUCGAUGUCUUCUAUGGCAUUGAGCCACUGGCCUGGGCUUUCUGCGGCUUCUGCAUCGUGUACUACGGUGCGGUCUUGAAGAACGCAGCCCAGAAGUACAACAUCCCCCCGGCUCCCCAGCCACCAAAGGUCGGCGGCUUCGUUGGAAAGGAGGUCGAGAACUCGGAGCCCAGCUACAUGGACUCGUCCAUCAAGCAGGGCCCUUACUGA